AUGGCAGACAACCACCCCUGGACUCGCCGUGCAGUGGAGAAGAAUCCGCGUUUCCCAGGCUACGUUCCACCGGAAGCCUUGUUCUGCUGGACAGAGUCUGACUUCGCCAGCUACAUCAACAGCGGUGGCUUCGUGAAGCCGAAGCUUAAGUGUCAGUACUACCUGUCCCCUGAGAACCCGCAGACUAUCGUGGAUUUGCUGGAGCCCAUCCUCAGCGAGCUCAACUGGACGUGCACGGUGGAUUCCCAUUCCGGCCGAGAGGAGAGCUUGGCCCAGGUAACGGACUACAUGGGAAUGCCGGUGCCACGGCUGAAGAAACAGGAUGACGGCAGCUUGGAGGUGCUGAAGCCCAGCGAAGAGGUCGCCCCAGUGUUCAUCUGGGAAGCCAGCAGGAACCUGAUCGACCAUGGGCCCACCCUCAAGUUCCGAGGGCUGGUCAAUCGGCUAAGCGGCGUCAACAUGUUCACCAAGGUAGGCAUGUUGGAGCUCAUCCGGGAGCGAUGCAUUGAAAGGGACAUCCCAAUUAAUUUUCCACCACCGUGGUAUCCUUUGACUUUCGCUCUCCCGGAUGACCUGGAGCAGUGGAAGCGACACGCAGAGGCGAAUCCACACAAGAAAUGGAUCUACAAGCCGAGCUGUGAGGCAAUGGGCAGAGGCAUCAUCUUGGUGAACAAGAUCUCGGAUGUGGACUCUAAAGAGAAGCCCUUUCGAACAAGAUGCAAGAACGUCGAGGUCUUCGAUCCAAAUGAGCCACCGCUCAAGGAGAGAAACUUUGCCAAUGUCGGCAUCAUUCAGGAGUACAUGGUGAACCCGAUGCUUCUGGAGAACCGAAAGUUCGCCAUCCGAGUCUACAUGUUGGUAGCUCGAACCAAGCCGCUUCUUACGUUUCAUUACAAUUUUGGCUACGUCAAACGCUGUGGCGAGUUUUAUGACGAAAAUAAAUUCAACCGCGAAGACUUGUUCCGACACAUCACGGAGCAGGAGUUUCAGAAAAAGCAAGAUGACUUCGGCGGCUCUGCAGCCUCCCAGCUGCUGUCCAUCGAGGACCUGGACAAAUAUCUGCAGGAGAACUAUGGUAUACCUGCAUUCAGGCUCAACUUUUGGCAGCAGGUCAAAGCGAUUUGUAUGGAGGUUAACCUCGGCAUGAAGGAGGGCAUCGCCGAAAAGGCGAAGGUUGGACAAUUCGAGAUCUUCGGCCUGGACAUUAUCGUUGAUGCCGACCAGCGCCUGUACUUGCUGGAAGCAAACAGAGAUCCGUCCUGGGUCUUGGACACGCAGGUGAAGAAAGCGAUCAUUCCUGACAUGAUUCGCGAGAUGAUGGAGAUUGUUCUUUGGGCGCACAGCGAAGAAGGAAAGAACAAAGAAGCCAUGCUUCACUCCCCCAUGCGGGGCUUCGAGGUGCUGAUCGAUGAGGCAUUUGACUUUCAAGCCGUUGAUGUCGAAUGA